ACAGAACGCAUCAACUUUUUCAUUCGUAUUUUUUUUUUUUCCUUUUCUGGUUGUUCUCUCGGGAAAUUUCGUGGGUUUUGCAUGAAGAUGCUUAGCUAAGCAGUUUCUAAGAAAGCUUCUCAACUCUUUUUUCCCCUUGGAAAUUAGUUCAACGCCGAAGUUUUUAUGCGGCCGAAGGGAUGGAAAGUGAUACUCAAUCUAGUUGCAAAAUUAAGGAUAAUGACAGUAACAGUUCCAAAGGGAGGCAUAGCGUUGGCAAAGAAUCGAGUACCUCAGGCUCCACAACAUUAGAUACAUCUGGUUUGAGAAGAUCUACUAGAGAAUCAUCAUUGAAGAGCAAGAUGAUUCCAAGCCCUCAAAGUACUCGAAAAUCUGAGCGUCUUGAUAAGCAGACGCCAACUUCUCCUUCAAUUAAGAGGAAAUCCGAGAGAAUUGAAAAUAAGGGGACACCAAGUCCUUCAAUCAAGAGGAGAUCUGAGAGAAUUGAGAAUAAGGGGAUGGCAAGUCCUCCUUCAAUCAAGAGGAAAUCCGAGAGAAUUGAGAAUAAGGGGAUGACAAGUCCUUUGAGAGGGGCUGAGAGGAGUAAGAAGAUCUCCUGGCCAAGUUCUUCUGGAUCAAAAAAAUCUGAUAAAAGCUUGAGGUUAACAGAUAUUAAGCAAAAAAAGGAAAAGAAGGAAAAGCGUGUGAAACUGUUGACGCUGGAAACUAAAGAGAUUGAAAAAAAUGAAAAAAAGGAUUUGAAAUCUGAACCUGCAAAAAAUAGGAGAAUGGAUGCUCGUGCUUAUAGGGCAUUGUUUAAAAAACAAUUAAAGAAAGUUACAGCAGCAGCACAUCACAAGGAGUGGAAUACGCUGGAUAAGUCCUCCCAGGGAGGUAGUGGUAAUUGUGGAGGUGAAGGUGAUGGAGUUGACAAGUGCAGUGAAAAGAGAGAGCAGGAACUGAGAGAAGAAUCUGUUGGGAGAUCUUGUGACACAGCUUUGGUGAGGUCAGAUUCUAAUGUGCAUAAAUUCUUAAAUGAAAUAUUAGAAGAUAACAGGGCAGUAGGAUCGUCCCACCCAAGUCAGAGGCACAUUUCUGUGGACUUAACUAGUGUGUCCUUACUGGUGGAUGGCUCUGUAGAGGAGAAACUGCAAACAACGAAGUUGAUAGAUUCUGCAUUUAAGGAGAAGACACUUGACAGAAAUUUGGAAAAGUAUUGGGAAUUAAUAACUUCAAAUAGAAAAAGAAAGGCAGUAGAUAUGGAUUCUGAUACUUCUGCAAUAAUUGCAAGUAAAGAUAUCUGCAGCCCAAUUGCUGAUUCUGUCCCUUCAUCGCCAUUUGGGUGUGAAAGAAACAAUCUUGUUGAGACAAGUGGCAGUUGUUAUAAGAGACAAAGAGUUGAUGAUGAUUCAACAAAGGAGCAGUACUGCUCUUGCAACACGAAGUUAAACUGGGAGUCAUCCAACAUCUCUAUCAAUAAGGAUAGAGGGAAUCCUGAAGCUGCUGUUAUGGUUGGUUAUUCUGGAAAGUGCAUCAAUUGUUUGCGGCAAAAGGAGUCUUCUGUAGAUCUUCAAUCAGAAAGUGACCAAAAUACAUGCGUUGUCUGCAAGCUUGGUGGGAAGCUCUUGUGCUGCGAUGGAAAAGGGUGCAGAAGAGGAUACCAUCUUUCUUGUCUAAAUCCUCCUUUUAACAUCCUCCUUCCCCUAGGAGUUUGGCACUGUAUUUCAUGUGUUAGAAAAAAGAUAGAAUCAGGCGUGCAUUCUGUUUCACAAGGAAUAGAAUCAAUUUGGGAUGAAAGAGAAGUAGAGGUGCCAGAUGUUAAUGGUUUGCAAAAGCAGAAGCAGUUUUUUGUUAAAUACAAAGGUCUUGCUCAUGUUCAUAAUCGUUGGGUGUCAGAAAAACAGUUACUUCUUGAAGCCCCAUGGCUUAUUGAGAAAUUCACCAAAACAAAACAGAUCAUGAGGUGGAAGCAUGAGUGGAGUCUCCCACACCGCUUGCUACAAAAAAGAUUGUUAAUGUCUUCCAGACAGUUUGAUGAAUGUCAUGAGGGCCAUGAUGGUGAUAGUCUAGAUGGCCAUUGCGAAUGGCUUGUGAAAUGGCGUGGUCUAAAUUAUGAACAUGCAACAUGGGAGUUGGAGAGUGCUUCAUUUUUACAUUCACCUGAAGGUCAGAGCCUAAUUCAAGAUUAUGAAACUCGUCGAAGGAAGAUACCAGAGAGGAAAAAAAGUUCUUUAGAUAAGUUAUUGCAGCUGAUGACUGGAGGUUCACCUGGAUUUGAUAAUAAUCAUCUGUCAUACGUUAACAAGCUACGUGAGUUUUGGGACAAUGGCCGGAAUGCAGUUGUUAUUGAUGAUCAGGAACGCAUUAGAAAGGUGGCUGCAUUUAUAUUAUCUUUGCAGCCUGAUGUUUGUCGACCAUUUCUCAUCGUCUCAACUUCUGCGGCACUAUAUUCUUGGGAUCAGGAAUUCUUGCGUUUGGCACCACCUCUUGAUGUUGUGGUUUAUAGUGGAAACAAAGAUAUGCGUGACAGUAUUAGGGCACUGGAGUUUUAUGACCAGGAUGGUUGCCCAUUGUUUCAUGUACUCAUAACCACACCCGAAGUUAUAAUGACGGAUAUUGAUAUGUUGGGAUGCAUACGCUGGGAAGCAGUAAUAGUUGAUGAGUGUCAACACUCUGUAAUUUCUUUACAUAUGGAACACAUCAAGGUGCUACAUGCUGAUAGGAGACUUCUUGUUGUCAAUGGUCAACUAAAGGAUACCAAAGAGGAAUACCUUAAAUUGCUGUCUUUGCUUGAUUCCCAGAGUGAUUUGAAUAACAGUGCAUUAAUAACAAGUGCCAAUGGCAAUAUCAGUAAAUUGAAGGAGAGGUUGUCAAGUCAUAUUGCAUAUAAAUCCAAGUUAGACUAUUCUAGGUUUUUGGAGUAUUGGGUACCUGCACAGUUAUCCAAUGUGCAGAUUGAGCUGUAUUGUGCUACCCUACUCUCGAACUCCAUGGCACUUCGCUCAUUUUCAAAGAUUGGCUCUGUUGAGGCUAUCCGAGAUAUUCUUACUUCUUCCCGGAAGUGCUGCGAUCAUCCUUAUAUUGUGGAUCCACCCCUACAAAUCUUGCUCACUAAGGGCCUUCAAGAAGUUGCAUUUUUGGAUGUUGGAAUAAAAGCAAGUGGAAAGCUACAACUUCUUGACAUGAUGCUUAUGGAGAUGAGAAAUCGAGGUUUAAGAGUACUUAUUCUUUUUCAGUCAAUUAGUGGUUCCGGAAGGAAUUCUCUUGGAGAUAUAUUGGAUGACUUCCUACGGCAAAGAUUUGGUCUAGAUUCAUUUGAACGCCUUGAAAUGGGUGUUCUUCCUUCUAAGAAGGGAGCUGCUUUGAGCAGGUUCAACAACAAGGAGUCUGGGAGAUUUGUGUUUUUAUUGGAAUCCCGUGCUUGUUUUCCUAGCAUCAAACUGUUAUCGGUUGAUUCUGUGAUCAUUUUUGAUAGUGACUGGUCCCCCAUGAAUAAUUUAAAAGCUCUGCAGAAGAUAUCACUUGAUUCACAGUUUGAGCAGAUAAAAGUAUUCCGGCUGUAUUCAUCCUUUACUGUGGAGGAAAAUGUUCUAAUCCUUGCAAAGCAAAAUAAGUUCAUUGAUAGCUUACAGAACAUAAGCCGGAGUACUUGUCAUAUGCUGCUAAUGUUGGGAGUAUCCCAUUUAUUUGAUAGUUUGGAUAAGUUUCAUGGUGCCAAUACCCCAGCCUCUGAUGCAAGUAUUUUGUCUGAACAAUCACUUUUGAAAGAUGUAGUGCAGGAGUUUUUGUCCAUACUCCUUGAGAAUGAUGAAGAAACUGCCACAAGUAACUCAUCUAUAAUUUUGAAAGCUCAACAAGUUGGAGGAACCUAUAGCACGAGUUCUCCAUUGCCUGGUGAGCUUACAGUUCCACUGUUGGAUGAAUCUCUACCCCAUAUAUUUUGGACGAAAUUGUUGGAGGGAAAGCAACCUCAAUGGAAAUAUCAUUCUGUUUCAACUCAGAGGGGUCGUAAAAGGAUUCAACCUGAGUUAUCAAAGAGACCAGAAGUUGAGAGUGAUGUUGUAAAGAAGCAGAAGGUGCUCAAUAAUAACAUCGAUCCGCCCUCUCUGAAAUCUGGAUUAGAGAAAAGAAUAAUUGCUGGGGACAAGGAAGGUUUGGAUACUGCGAGUCAGUCGAAUGAUAAUGUUCAUGCACACCAUGCUCCUACUGCCCCUUGGUUGCCUAAUUUUAUCUCAGAAUUCUUGGGAGGUGUUAAGAUUGAAUUUGACAAGAAAAACAAGUUGGGUGAUGCGCAGAGUAGUCUUCAUCUUCUUCUGAAGCCACAGAUAGAAAAACUUUGCCAAAUUCUACAAUUCUCUGAGGAUGUCAAAGACAUGGUUGAAAAGUUUCUCGAAUAUGUUAUGAAUAAUCAUUCUGUCAACCGAGGACAAGCGACUAUGUUGCAAGCUUUUCAGAUAUCUCUGUGUUGGACUGCAGCUUCCUUGCUGAAGCACAAAGUUGACCAUAAAGAAUCUCUUGCACUUGCAAAACAGCAUCUAAAUUUUCUCUGCAACAAAAUAGAGGUGGACUAUGUUUACUCAUUGUUGCGGUGUCUGAAGAACAUAUUUUUAUACCGUACAGGGAAUUUACAAAUUGCAGACUAUCCCAAUGUUUCCAACUUAUCAAAAAAAGGUGUUACAAAGGACCACUCACCUACAAGGCUUCCACAGUCGACAAAAUCUAACCUGCAAAAGGAGAAGGCAGAGGUUGAAUCCUGGUCACAGCAUCUAGAAUGCUCUGAUAAACAUGUCCUUCCACAGCCUGGAUUGGAGCUCGUAUUGAAACUGGCACUAAAAGAUGCUUUGAAAAGUAUUAAAGAAGUUCAAAAGAAGUGUAACAAACAGUGGAACAAACUGAUUCAGAAGCAACAGGAAGAAAAGGAUGAGAUUAAGAGAACUGCUGAGGAACAGAAGGCACAGCUUGAAAAAGAACGCAGAAUGAAAUAUGCUAUAAUCUGUACCAUGCACAAUAAGGUUUCUAUGAGAAUAGAUAAGCUUAAGAUAUUGGAUAAUGAAUAUGAUAAAAGAAUUGAGUUACUGGAACAACAGAUGGAGAAACGCCUAAAGCAUCUUGAGGAAAUGCAGCUGGUUGCUAGGAGAAAGGUGCUUGAGAGGAAGGACCACUGGGUGGAAGAAGUGAAAUCCUGGGCUCAAGUUGAACUGUUAUAUAAGAUAUCUUCAGAUGAACCUGGAAAUGGGGUGAUAGUCCCAAGAGUUACAGCUCUUGAUAGUCCCAAGAGCGUUUCAAUUGCUUCUGGUCAUCUUUCAGAAGAACAUAGUUCUGACAGAACUGUACAUGCCGUACCCGGUAAUGGAUUGGGAUUAUCCGGAACUCCAAAACCUGUUCCUAAAAAAGCCUUUACAGCUCUUGAUAGUCCCAAGAACGCUUCAACUGCUUCUGUUCAUCUUUCAGAACAUAGUUGUGAUAGAACUGUACAUGCCUUACCAGUUAAUGGAUUGGGAUUCUCUGAAACUCCAGAACCUGUUCCUAAGAAAGCUGUAGUAUGUAGCAGUGCUGUUGAAACUCCAGCUCACCUGUGUGGGCCUGAUAGUGUGAGUGAUGAAUUAAAUAUCAUGGCUUCUGUGGGUGUGAUGCUUACUGGGUCUGAGAACUGCAAUGGAGCUAGCAGUUCAGGUGAUGAUCGAGUUAAUUUUGACUCUGUUAAUUCUAGUGGCAAAGAGCAUAAUCCUGAUGAAUUAAGUACCAUGGCUUCUGUGGGUGUGGCACUUACUGGGUCUGAGAACCGCAAUGGAGCUGGCAGUUCAGGUGAUGAUCCAGUUAAUUUUGACUCUCUUAAUUCUUGUGGCAAAGAGCAUAAUCCUGAUGAAGUCGUCUGUAGCAAUCCAGACACAGAAGUCCUAAGGGAAGUGCCUGAAACUGUCAGUUCCAGUGAUGGCACUGAGAAGUUGCCUACAAGUCCUUCGUCUGGAGAACAACUUGCUGAAGGAUCCUGUGUCCCAGAUGAAGGGAUCACCAUAAGGGUGUCAGAGACUGUCAGUUCCAAUGAUGAUCUUGAGAAUCUUUUCUCAGUCAGUGCACCUCCAUCUGAUGAACAAAUUCCUGAUGGAGCCAAAUCAAGCAUGCCUGAUAGAGAAACUCAACUGGGAGAGUGUGAAACAGCUCCUCAUGAAGGAGUAGAGGUUGAUAAAACCAACAAUCAGAAUGAUGGAGCAUCUUAUGUUGCCUCAGGUAAUAAACUAGGUUCCAUUUUAGAUAGGUUUUCGGUCUUAAUCAAAAUAGGUCAGGGUCCUACAGUUGACCACCAGGAUGUAUUAAGUGUUGCUAUCAAGGAGAGUGCUCGUUCUCAGGAGCUUUCUCUGGUAAAUUCUCCUUCAGUGCAGCCCACGACAAACAUGGUUCAAGGUGACCCUGUGCCAUUCUCUCAGGCAGUCCAAGAUGAAUGUACUCCACCAUCCACAUCUGCCCAUACGCCCAUUAGAGACACACUGGCUAAUGAGAUGCAGAAUACUUCACAAGAAGUUGAACCUUCAGGAUCCCAUCGGGUUGAUGCUGGGCCCUCUAAUCAAUUGAAUCAUGAAGCACCUGCAAUUGAGCCUGUACAGCAGAUACAACUGUUAUCAUCUGCAGAUUCAUAUUCUGGAAACAAUACUUGUGAUUUACUUUCAGAUGGUGGAGUUGAACAUCAGCUAAACUUUGAAGGCCAUACAUCCAACCAACUUACUCAGACUCCUCAAUUAGGUGAAAACCUUAUCGAGUUUCCAGAUCAAGCUGUUAUGCAACCAUCAACUUCUUUAGCAUUGUUGUUGCCCAUUGAGGCACCUGUCAGUGGCUUGGGGACACAUUUUUCAGAUACAAGGACUAUGCCGAUCGCAACAGAUAUUAGUAAUCCUCCUAUACAAACUGCACCCCCAAUGGCAUCCCGCAUGCCUAUGCAUUUCUAUCCAGACCCGCUUCAAACUGAGUUGGAAAGAAUACGUAAAGAAACCGACCAAUUUAUCAAAAUUCAUGAAGAUACAAAGUUGCAGCUCAAGUCUGAUUGCGAGAAGGAGAUUGAGGAAGUUGUUGCUCAAAUUCAUAGAAAGUACGAGACUAAAAUUCGGGAUAUGGAAGCUGAAUUUCUUGUUAAAAAGAAGGAAAUGGAUGCAAAUCAUACUGGAGUCCAGAAUAGUAAAUUUUUGGCUGAGGCUUUCAGGUUUAAAUGCAUGGAUCUCAGAGUACCCGGUCCAUCAGGAAUACCUGGUCCAUCAGGAAUGCAGCAAGAUGUGCAUUCAAGUUUAAUGCAGCACCUGGUUCAGCCAUGGAUGCAGCAAAAUGUGCAAGGAUCUCUUAUUUCUGUUCCGUCCUCAGCCAGCGUUUCUGCACCUAGCCUUCAGACUACCGGUGCACCUGCAUCCAACCUUCAGAGAGCACCACAUUUGGGUGGCCCGCAUAUUACAUACCCACCUGUCCAGGCUUUUCACCAUCCAUCUGCAUCUCUCUCUAGUAUUCCUCCAAUUGCCAUCAGCUCCAUUUUCCCUCCUCCCUCAGGAAAUCUUCGGGUUGGCAGUGAAAUACGUGCUCCAGCCCCACACCUGCUUAGGUCUACAGCCAUGGCUGCAACGAGUCCGCCUUCUCUUCCACGUGGACAGCCUAGUCCCCAGCCACCUAGUAACACUGCUACAACCUUGCCCUCACUUCCCCAUCAUCCACCCAUGGCAGAAGCGCCUGCAUGCCUAUAUGGUCCUCACAAUAGGCCCCAGUUGCAUGAAACUGUAGCCAGGUCGUCUUCAUCUCUUCCUACAUCUGGACCUCACUUAGAUCUUCUCAUGGACAUUGUCAGUCGACCUUGUGCAAAUCUGCCAAAUUUGCUCCAACAACCAGAUUUGCGCACGUACUCCAACUCCCUGAAUCAAUCUGCUCCAACAACUAGUACGGUGGUUAAUGCUGUACGUACAGGUGGGGCCCCUGACCUUGUUUGUUUAUCAGAUGAUGACUAGCCGGGUAUAUAAUAUUUUGUGACAAACUAACUCCCCGCCAUCAAAAUACGUAUUGAAGCAUUUUGCAUUUGAGAAACUGACUUUUUACCUGAAGAGAGAGCUUGUGGGGAUGGCCUAGUGAGAAAGGCAGAAAUGGGGGGUAACACUAAUUCUCGAAAUUUUGUGUUGUAGAAUGUAAGAUACAUGGUCUUACAUUGUUGAAAUGCUCUGUAAAUGGGUGGUAUAGAGAGAAUGUUUGAGAUAUUAAUUUAUUCGAAAACACAAUGUGCAAACCGUGUAUAAUAUUCUUCAUCUGGUAUGGCGAGUAGGAGGAGCUUCUAGGUGUGGAUUUCUCUA